GUUACCUGGGGGAGGGGAUGGGUUGCAUGGGGGCGCGAGAGAGAGAGAUAUCUUGUUCCAUUUGAGUUGUUGAAGACUUGUUCAUAUUCAACUCAAGCUAGAGCCCCUUCAAACACUUGGGACAGAAGGAAUAUAUAUGUAUAUAUGAGUUGUCCCGAGAAUGCGACACUAUUGUAGUUCUUCUCUUAAAUUGGAAACUACCGUGUAAAUGGAACGCGGCUAUGUGUUGACAACGUGUCUUCUGCUACUAGUUGAUUUUACAUCAGCAGUUGUACAUGUAAGAGCAACUCAAGCUGGAGCCCCUUCAACACUUGGGACAGAAGGAAUAUAUAUCUACAUGAGUUAUCUUGAGAAUGCAACAUCUAGUGUAGUUCUUCUCUUAAAAUGGAAAUUACCGCGUAAAUGGAACGCGGUUAUGUGAUGACGACUUGUCUUCUGCUACUACUUGCUCUUACAUAAGUAGCUAUACAUGUUGAAUUGAUUUCGAGGAAGCUGCUCCUGUACGCGCAGUGGACUUAUAGAAACCAUUUUCAGAAUAGUGAUCAGAGAAGAUAGUACGAAAUAAGGAGCAGACUGAAGCUCGAUAUUUCAAAGAGGAAGGACCCGACAGAAGUAGUUCGCUGGAGCAGGUAAAUGAUACCAGAAACACUGUCUUAGGUCCAACCCCUCUCAUGUGAUGAAGCGUGUUACAACUUGGCCAUGUUCUGAAUUAUCCAAUUUAGGCAAUGAUCAGAGGUUUUGGUGAGAUAGAGAGUGGUUGAUUCUGCCCCUUAAGCUUUCCUAUAUAUAACAAAUGAAUCCCUUCUUUGCUGUUCAAACUCAACGGCUUCUUGUUCUCUGCACAUUCACUCCAUUGUAGAAGAAGGUAGAAUCAAUGGCUCUUUCCAAGUUUACUCUUUGCCUUGGGGCAAUAGCUCUCCUUUCCUCGACCCUGUGCUUCGCUCACCCUGGGUUUGGGUUCGGCUUUGGUUGGGGAGGUGGGUCUGGUGGAAGCACUGGAGGAGGAGGAGGAUAUUCCAGUCUCUUCCCUCAGUUCUAUCAGUUCACAUGCCCCCAGGUCGAUGAGAUCAUCCUGUCGGUGCUGGAGCCUACAAUUGCCAGGAACCCGAGGAUGGCCGCCUCCUUGCUCAGGCUUCACUUCCAUGACUGUUUUGCACAGGGAUGCGAUGCAUCCGUGCUACUGGAUAACGGCGCCAGCAUAGUGAGUGAGAAGAGGUCAUUCCCCAACAUAAACUCUCUCCGAGGUUUUGAAGUGAUUGAUGAAAUAAAGGAGAAGUUGGAGGAAGCAUGUCCUGGGGUCGUGUCCUGUGCGGACGUUGUUGCGCUCGCUGCCCGUGGAUCUGUCAUGCUAAGUGGUGGACCGAACUGGGAGCUUCCUCUCGGAAGGAGGGAUUCCAAGACAGCAAGCGUCAGCCUCUCCAACAACAACAUUCCCCCACCAAACUCAACCAUCCAAAACCUCAUCACACUUUUCCAACGCCAGGGCCUCAAUGAAGUCGACCUCGUUGCCCUCUCAGGUGGCCACACGAUCGGGGUCGCCCGCUGCUUCACAUUCAAGCAGAGGCUGUACAACCAAAACGGGAACAACCAACCUGAUGAAACCCUGGAGAGGACAUACUCCAACGAGCUCCGGUCCAUGUGCCCCCCCUCUGGUGGUGACAACAACAUCACCCCUCUCGAUCUUGCCUCUCCGGCAAGGUUCGACAACGCCUACUUCAAGCUCAUCCUGUGGGGCAAGGGCCUCCUCACCUCCGACGAGGUCCUCUUGACGGGCAGAGUUCGGAAGACGAUGGAGCUCGUGAAGGCAUACGCAGAUGACGAAGCCCUGUUCUUCGAACAGUUUGCCAAGUCAAUGGUGAAGAUGGGAAAUCUCGGGCCCCUCACCGGAUCAAACGGAGAAGUGCGGAAGAACUGCCGAAGGGUUAAUUAAAUAAAAACUUGAUUUAGAAGAAUAAAAGGUUUUCUCUUACGUAGGUGAAUUAAGGACCAUGUGAAUGUCUGGGUUUCGAGGCUGCUAAGUGUGUUCGUGUGUUCUUUUCUUGUUCAGCUUGUUGUUCACUGAAAGUGGUGCAGAUAUAUAUAUUUAUUUACGUUCUAA